GCAUCGGGUCGGGCGGUGUGCGGCCCGCGGCAGCGUAGUAGCAGCAGCCAGUCACGAGCAGCAUGAACCUGGACGCCGAGAACCGCGUCGUACUCAACGUGGGCGGCAUCAGGCACGAAACGUACAAGGCGACCCUCAAGAAGAUACCCGCGACGCGGCUCUCCCGGCUCACCGAGGCCCUGGCCAACUACGACCCGGUGCUGAACGAGUACUUCUUCGACCGCCACCCGGGCGUCUUCGGGCAGAUACUCAACUACUACCGCACUGGCAAGCUGCACUACCCUACCGACGUGUGCGGACCGCUCUUCGAAGAGGAGCUCGAGUUCUGGGGACUCGACGCAAAUCAGGUGGAGCCCUGCUGCUGGAUGACGUACACGCAGCAUAGGGACACGCAGGAGACGCUGGCUGUCCUCGACCGGCUCGACCUGGACACGGACAAGCCGAGUGAGGAAGAGAUCGCACGCAAGUUCGGCAUGGAGGAGGAGUACCUCGCUGGGACGCUGUCCUGCUGGCAGCGAGUCAAGCCCAAAAUCUGGUCGCUGUUCGACGAGCCGUACUCUUCCACGGCUGCCAAGAUCAUCGGCGUGAUGUCCGUGUUCUUCAUCUGCGUCUCCAUCUUAUCCUUCUGCCUCAAGACCCACCCAAACAUGCGCGUGCCGGCCAUCAAGAACAUCACCGUGGCGACGUCGGAGAGCGCCGUAGCGUGGACGCUGGACAAGAUCCAGACGAACCCGCACGACGCCUUCUUCUACAUCGAGUGCGUCUGCAACGCCUGGUUCACCUUCGAGAUCAUCAUCCGCUUCGUGGCCAGCCCCAGCAAGCUGGACUUCGUGCGCGGCGCGGUCAACAUCAUAGACUUCACGGCCACGCUGUCCUUCUACAUCGACCUCACUCUCCAGAAGCUGGCCUCGCACCUGGAGAACGCGGACAUACUAGAGUUUUUCUCAAUCAUCCGCAUCAUGCGACUGUUCAAGCUCACCCGCCACUCGGCGGGCCUCAAAAUCCUCAUACAGACAUUCAAGGCCAGCGCGGGCGAGCUCAUUCUGCUGGUCUUCUUCCUGGUGCUGGGCAUCGUGAUAUUCGCCAGCCUCGUGUACUACGCCGAGCGAAUCCAGUCGAACCCGGAGAACGACUUCAACAGCAUACCGCUCGGCCUCUGGUGGGCCCUGGUCACGAUGACCACAGUGGGCUACGGUGACAUGGUGCCCAAGACUUACGCCGGCAUGUUCGUGGGUGCGCUGUGCGCGCUGGCCGGCGUGCUGACCAUCGCGCUGCCCGUGCCCGUGAUCGUGUCCAACUUUGCCAUGUUCUACUCGCACACGCAAGCGCGUGCCAAGCUGCCCAAGAAGCGGAGACGUGUGGUGCCCAUCGAAGUGCCCCGGGGACCUCACCGAAGGCCACCCGACCUCAAGAACACCAAAGACGCUUGUAAGGCGGGACGGCAGCAGCAAGUGAUGGCUGACCUUCCCAGGAGAAAUCAAACGAUACGCACCAGGGGUCCGGGCAAUGGGGAAGAGUGCGUGCCGAUGCUGAUGCUGAACCAUUCGGAAACUGCCCAGGAGACGACGGGCCGGACACCGCCGCGGCGAACCAGCGGCUCCACCGACAGGAACGCCAAGCCCCUUGAGAUGGGUGCCUCGAGCAUCUCUCCAGCGUCCCACGUGAGCUGCGGCGGCGGCGGUUCUGCGGCGGACGGUGGGAGCGGUGGCAGUUCGUCGGCGGCCGUCAACCCGUCCUCGACCACGGCCAACCUGAUUCAGCUGGCCGGCAGUGUGAGCAUAACAGAACGGGUGCACCGGGGCAGCGCCUCCUCGGCCGCCUCCAUCCUGGCCAUCGCCAACAAAAUCGAGACGUGAGGUCGAGGCACGCCGUU